AUGUCGGCCUCCCAGCUCGACAUCGAUAGCUCGUCCUCCCCGCGGCAACCUCUUGACAGCCAGAAAAAUGCUGGCGCCGACAUGUCUAUGAUGGCCUUUGUCCAGCCCGGCUGUCCGUCUAGGUUCGCCUACCAGAAUGAGCAUCGUAUCAAAGGGCUCAACGCAGAAACCCUAGCGAGAGUCUUCCUUCCGACGCCCUUAUGGCUGUCGACUCCAGAGUACGCAGCAAUCCGGUCAGAUACUGACAGUCCAUCGACCUGCAUCUUCUUCAGCCUUAAUAUUUCCAUAUACAACCAACAGAUAAUCCCCUCCGAAUGGACUGAGCAAUGGUUCUUUAUGGUCGGCCGUGUUCAUCCCUUUGCCCUGACGUGGGAAAUCGAGCGACGUGAUGGCUUGGAGUCGGACGAUGAUAACAUCACAGAAUACACCGUCCCCGCGCUUAUAGUCCGCGAUCACAGCUACCAACCAGUCGUCACUCGCACCCUCAACUCGGUGGGUGCUUUCCCAACGAUACAACCGAUUGUCUCCUUCACGGGACCUGUCAUCGGCUCCGGCCGCGACCUCCUGCAUGGAAACUCGGCUGCGGCCCUUGACGACAGCCAGCUGAGGUGCUGCGGCUUUGUCCAACUCUCCACCUAUAUUUGUCCUGGGAUUCCCGGCAAAACACCCUUCAAGGGCUUUCACCCCUUCCAAGUUUUCGUCAUCUUCCCCGUUCACGCCAAUCCUUGGACCUCUCUAUGCAAGAAGAUGACCGAGAGGCACGACAGCCAAUUCCAGCCGAACGCUCUCUUCACUUGUACGGGCAAAAUCACCGGCUUACUGGAUCACCAGAUCAUGAAACAUGCCCCGGCUUUCGACCAAGACUAUAUCUUCAUCGUCGUCCCCGAUACGUGGACUUUCCUCGACAGGGCCAUGUCCAACCAGGCUUCUGCGACACAACUACUACCGACGACACCCAAGGGCAGGGUCGGCAAUCCCUCGGACUAUAGCGAUGCGUUGGCAAGGUUUACAUCUACCAAAAAGCGCAAGGCCGCCCAAACCCCCGCCUCCCCCACGCCGCCUGCAUCUAGCCCAGUCAAUCCCCUUAUACUGACAUCAAGUCGGUCAUUGCCCGAUCCCUACCAAACCCCAACCAAGAGACCGCGACUUUCUCCCGAAACUUCCACCAUAAUCACCGCCUGUGAUGGUCAAGACUCCGCCAAAUCCGACACUUCCUCCUUUCUGUCCCCGGAAGACCCCGCAGAGUCAGAGACGGACACCGAACCAUUCAAUCACCCAGGCACAUCCGCCUCUGGCUCUAUCAGACCUCCCGCGUCCAUCUCUUCCCGACCGCUCCGCGCCCGACGUCCGCCCAAGAAUUUUCUAUAA